UUGAAAUCCCAGUUUGUUGUGGACAGAACAGAUAUUUGAGCAAUGGGAAAUGCUGGACAUUUUGUGGUCGUUUUGCAGGCAGUUUGUUUGUGGCUCGCUGCAGCAAAGCUGAAAUCGUCUGAUUAUAGGGCUGGUUCUAAGGACUAUAAUGCCGCUGCAGACAACAAUCAAUUGCAGGAGGAGGCAAUGGAGGUGGCUAUGGCGAUGGCGAUGGCGAAGACGAAUCGCAAUGCUCAACCCGCAGUGCAAGUAAAAGUGACAAAUGAAGUGGAAAGUGCCCUCAGAAUGGGUACAAUGAUGAUGCCGAUGAGAAAUCGGGGCGGUGAGCGGUGGGGAUGGCAGACGAACUACUUUGACACACAAAUGCCGCUGCUGUCGUCUGGCCUAAUGAGUCCCGGCUGGCUGCCAAUAUUGAAUGAGCAGCAGCAGGGGGAGCAUCCGGAGCAGGGCCAUAACUUGGCCCACGGACCCAGUUCGGUUGAACAGCAAUUACUUCGCCUGCAGACGGACUACAAAUUGCUGUACAAUGCCGAGCAUCAUACCUAUUUCCACCUGCACACCCUGCGCAUCCCAGAGGACACCAUCAUCCGACCAGGACCAUCGAAAUCCGAGGAGCCACCGCAUCGCAGGCUGUUCCAGCAGGUCGUGGGCAACACACUGACCGCCGCCUUUGGCCUGAAUGUGAUGAACAAGGGCCAGGUGGAGGGGCAAGUGGAUGGGGGCCAGGCGGAGGUCAUUACCACCGAACAGGUGAAUCUCUACGAUGCCGCCUCGCUGCGCCGGUCGCGCUUCAGUCCCUUCAAUCCCACACGAAUUCUCAUUCAUGGAUGGUUGGGCAACGAAAAUGCCAAUAUGUACAGCGCCCUAAUACCUGCCUAUCUGGAUCUUAGGAAUGGUAACUACAACAUCUUCACCGUCGACUGGGGACGCGGAGCCAUAGCGGACUACAUAACGGCCAGUUAUAGGGUCAAGCCGGUGGGCAAGGUGUUGGCCAAGUUCGUGGACUUCCUGCACCAAGAGGCGGGGCUGCGCUUUGAGGAUCUCCAGCUGGUGGGAUUCAGCAUGGGGGCACAUGUGGCGGGACUGGCUGGGAAGCAUCUGCAGACCGGUCGCCUUCGGAUGAUCAGGGCCUUGGAUCCCGCCCUGCCCUUCUUUCGAUAUGCCAAGGAAGAGGAGCGAUUGACCCCCCAGGAUGCCGACUACGUGGAGGUUUUGCACACCAGUGUGGGCAGCUAUGGCUUCGAUCGACCUCUGGGUCAUGCGGACUUCUAUGCCAAUUGGGGCAGCCAGCAGCCAGGUUGUUUUUGGCAUGAAUGCAGCCAUUGGAGGGCUUUUAUGCUCUUUGCCGAGAGUCUCUCAAGGGAUCGGAAUACGGGUUUCUUAUCCCAGGGCUGUCCAUCCGGUGAAUGGCAGCAGUUGACCCGCUUUCAUCGCUGCCCAAAGGAUACGGGAAUUAUCCAGACCAUGGGCGGUGAUUUGGCCAACGUUUCGGCGGAUUUCUUGGCCCAAAGACAGGGUGUCUAUUAUUUUCAAGCAAACGACCAGCCACCCUAUGUUUUAGCACAAAAUGCCAGUUCGCAAAAGGGUGGCACAAAAUAA